CCUUGCUCGUUCCAUACGAAAUAGCUAUCUCUCUCCAUUUUUCUAUGAAGUGGGUUGGUCAAGGUGGCGUGUCUCUUUAACCUUUUUUGAAGGACGCAGCAGCUGUAUUUAUUGACGUAUGCAAAUUAAUUCAGGGGUGGUUCUCGUGAGAAAAAAAACAGGAACAAGAAUCAGUUUCACAUUGUAGUUCGGAGUUGCUGGGUGAAGGAAAGGAAAACGAUACGUGGCGAAUAUUGGUGAAUGUCGGUAUCCUCCACGUGUAUUUCCCGCAUAGCCUACAUCUGAGUGGAGCGCUGGCGUCCGAAAGGCUCAGCAAACCAUGCAGGAUGAUUUACUGAUGGACAAAAACAAAGCCCAACCUCAUCAGCAGCAAGAUCCAACCGUAGAACCUCCCUCCACCCCGACCCCCUCGGAACCCCCUACAUCAGAGGAGAGCCCAUCCAGUGUGAGCAACCAAGCAGCUUCAGCUCUCAACAAAGAGAAAGUGCUGAUGGAGUCUCCGAUCCUGCCGGGUUUAAAUUUUCAUCAGCCGCAGGAAACCGGUGGCACCCUGUCCCCCUCAUUUGGUAGCACUUGGUCCACUGGAACCACAAACACCGUGGACGACAAUUUUUUUCAAGGAAUACCCUCAGUGAACGGAACAAUGCUUUUCCAGAACUUCCCCCAUCACGUCAAUCCGGUAUUUGGAGGCAAUUUCUCACCUCAGCUUGGCUUGGCACAGUCUCAGCAGCAAGCCCAACAACAGCAGCAGCCACCGCCGCAGCAACGGAGAUCCCCUGUUAGCCCCAACCAAGGUCCUUUUCCACAGAGAAACGCAUACAGUCACCAGUCUGUCAUGAAUAGCAAGGCUUCUUCACCUGCCUCAUCUUCGGGUUGGAAUAAUCACCAGAAUACCGCUUGGAGCACAGCCUCCAAUCCUUGGAGCGGUCUCCAGGCAGGCAGGGACCCGCGGAGAGCUGUAGGAGUCGGGGUUGGCGUGGGGGUCGGUGUAGGGGUGCCGUCUUCCAUGAACCCCAUCUCCCCGAUGAAAAAGCCAUAUUCCAGCAAUGUUAUAGCACCCCCAAAAUUCCCGAGAGCUGGUCCCCUCACCCCGAAAUCCUGGAUGGAGGACAACGCCUUUAGGACGGACAACAGCAACAAUAUGAUGCCUUUUCAGGACCGGAAUCGGCCCUUUGAUGCAUUUAGCUUGCACUCUUUGGAAAAUUCCUUAAUGGAUAUGAUAAGGACUGACCAUGACAAAGGACGUAUGGGUCUGAACUUUCACCACCCCGGAGCAGAUCACAUCAUGCCAUUGAACACCAGGAGCUAUGGCCGCAGAAGAGGUCGCUCUUCACUCUUUCCGUUCGAGGACGGUUUCCUGGACGACGGGCACGGUGACCCCUCUCUGACCCCGGGGUUGAACUCGCCCACACGCUGUCAAAACGGCGAGAGGAUGGAGCGCUACUCCAGGAAGGUGUUCGUCGGAGGCCUUCCCCCUGACAUAGAUGAAGAUGAGAUCACCAACAGCUUCCGUCGCUAUGGACACCUGGUGGUGGAUUGGCCCCACAAAGCCGAGAGCAAGUCCUACUUUCCACCUAAAGGCUAUGCCUUCUUGCUGUUCCAAGAGGAGGCCUCUGUCCAGGCCCUGAUUGACGCCUGCAUCGAGGAGGACGGGAAGCUUUACCUUUGUGUCUCCAGCCCCACUAUCAAGGACAAACCAGUCCAAAUCCGCCCCUGGAACCUGAGUGACAGUGACUUUGUGAUGGAUGGCUCCCAACCGCUGGACCCCCGCAAGACUAUAUUUGUGGGGGGGGUGCCCCGGCCUCUACGCGCAGUGGAACUAGCUAUGAUCAUGGACAGGCUGUAUGGGGGUGUGUGCUACGCCGGCAUUGACACUGACCCGGAGCUCAAGUACCCCAAGGGGGCGGGCCGUGUGGCCUUCUCCAAUCAGCAGAGCUACAUCGCUGCCAUCAGCGCCCGAUUUGUUCAGUUGCAGCACAACGACAUUGACAAACGGGUGGAGGUGAAGCCGUACGUCCUGGACGAUCAGAUGUGUGACGAGUGCCAGGGGGCGCGCUGUGGGGGGAAGUUUGCCCCCUUCUUCUGUGCCAACGUCACCUGCCUGCAGUACUACUGUGAGUACUGCUGGGCCAGUAUCCACUCCCGGGCGGGCCGAGAGUUCCACAAGCCACUGGUGAAGGAGGGGGGCGACCGCCCUCGACACGUGUCCUUCCGCUGGAGCUGAGGGGGUCGAGGAUAAGCCCUGCGCCCCGCGGCCCCACCCCCAACAGCCCCUCAACCCCCUUAACCGGGACAGCGCUACACCCCUCACCCCCCCUGCUCUGCACCCCCUCCCCACACCCCCUCCCCACCACCUCAACAUCAGUGAAGAGGAUAACUACAAAUACUUGGGUCUUUCAUUUUCAAACUACACUGCUUGAUUACGAACUCAUUGUCCAGUGUACCCUUAUGAUGACAAUAGGGUGGGGGAAAAAAUGAAUCGCAAAAGUCUAUCUGCUUAGAAUUUGCACUUUGGCUCAAAACUCACUAAACACAUAUGGGAUGUAAGCAAAAACAUAUUGUGUUCAAGUCCCCUGUUCCAUGACUUGGUGGGUCAGGGUCUCCUGAUUAUACAGUUACAGUACAUAUAUAUUUAAAAAGUAUAUAUAUAUUUUUGUUUUAAAUACAUCUAACAUUUAAAGAUAAUUAAAUUCUAUGGGAAAGGAGCAUGCACUUAUUUAAAAAAUGUUUUAGGAUAUCGCCCCUUAUAUUACCAAAGGCAAAAAUGAAAUCCAUGCAUUCAGAAAACCUAAAUAGGGUGGCAUAAGAUGUAGGAAGACUAUACAUUUAUCCAGUAGUCUGGGCCACAGAAGACCAGAUUUAAAAAAUAAAAUAAAAACAUGGCUAUAUUUGCUCUCCAUUUUGACUCUGAAAAUAGUCAAAUUAAUACCUCAUAAGACGCAAUCAGAUUCUGUUUUGCUUUUGAUUGGUAGGUCUUUAUUUUUGUUAGGACUUUAUUUUCUAGUGUUAUGUUGAUGUAAUGCUGCUGAAUAGUACUUUAUUCAGGCUAGGGUGUUAUAACAACUAUGAUGUCACCUGGUGUUAAGGAUGAUGACAGGCUAUCAUAGGGAGAGUGGCGUCCCUUACGAUGCCUAGUAUGAUGUGGGGUGGGGGAGUCGCCCCUAACUGCAUGUUCUCUUCAAUCAGGUUGCUGCAUGCAAUAGAAUUUCAGUCUCAUGUCUACUAAUUCAAUUCUGCCCAUGUUUGCACAGCACCAAUAUAGAUGUACGUACAACUAGCAUGAAACUGGACUCAACAGGGAAGACAGACUGGUAAAAGAAUCCAACCUCCCCCAGUGAGAAGUUAACAGCCACAGGGGCAGUAUGAGCAGGCUGCUUCUGCACAAGGUGGCUAACAUAACCAGAUGACGAAACCUUAAUAUUAAACCUUAAUCCAAGUAGAUGUAGGAUAUAUCAUUUAAAACUGUCUACGAUAGGUGAAGUACUUUUUUUUUUUUUUUUGCAGUGAUUGUUAAUAUAAUUGUGCGAUUUCUGUUAGUUUUAUACCGUACAUAGUUGGGUCUGAGUAUGUCUAUAGAACUGUGAUUUCGCUUUAAGUGUUGUAAACGUCCGACAUAGAAGUCCUGUGAAACUUCAUGAACUAGUGUAUGCACACGUGUAUAUAUACGUUCUCUCAUACACACACACACACACAUUACACAGAUGGUUCUCUUUCUCUUAAACAUACAUACAUGUACAUAUACAGACCUAGUACGCACACAAGAUUUGACCCAAAUACACAGAACAUAUGACACGCAGACUAAAGUGAGCUUGAAUCUGAGAAACACAGAACUGCUGUCUGUACUGUUGACAGGGUCAUGUCCCAAAAAAAAAACCAAAGAGCUCACAUAUGUUCAACUUAAACCACCAACACAUACGGAGACCACAGAUGAUACUGUGCGAAGCAUCAAGCGCUAUGCCUGUGGGUUUAAAGGUGCAAGUUUGAAACAUUUGUACUGUGGUGGUGACAAGGCAUACGAGACAGUGAUGAGAAGACAGACAGAACAUUGAAGCUACUGGAGACUUGUGGUUUAGUAAACUGAGCUCCUUCUCAGCCUGCACAUAAAGUUCUCUGGCUACGGGGUUGUGAUAACAUUGCCAGAACAUUGUGUGCUAGCUGGGAUUUACCAUAUUUAUCCAGAUUUUCCUGCAAAGCUUGAAGUAGAAUAAUGACCUGCUAAAAUGGUGGACAUUUUUUUGUAUUUAUCAAAAGGCUAUGGAAUGGGGUGCAGUUGAAUAGGAUGGGUGGGGUGGGAGGUAUUGGGUAGUUAAAUGCAGGACAAAUAAACUAAGUAUUGGCUGCUGGGGUUGGUUUGGGUUUGAGCGGUGGCGUUUUGGGGCUAAGUUACACUGGUUUUUAGCAGUUUUGUGGACAAUCCAGUCUGGAUCCUGCAACAUUGCGAGUUGAUGUGUCGUCUCCUUUUCUGUGUGUUGCGAUUGUCCCAUGCUGGCACCCCCGCCGUCCUCUCUCGGUUUUAGUCGCAAAACGGUUUGCUUUAGGACAAACCAUUUUGUUUGUUUCUUGUAAAAGUAAACUAAUCUAAACCGAAGAUACUUUUUUAUUGAUAGAAAAGUCUACAAAAAAAAAAAAAGAGGCUAACCAUGAGUAAUAAUAAGUCUCCCUAUUUAAGUGAAUUCUGGGUGUUUUUGUGAGAUGUCUUUCCCCGCCCAGAAGGGUUUUCUAUGUUUGUUCCUUCUCUAUAAUAGACGUGUUAUGCACUACUCUUUGUAUCUGGACAGUUUAACAGUCAGCAAUUGUUUUUGUUGGGAGAAAAACAAAAAGUGUGCUUUCUGACUGACAUGAUCUUUUGCAAUACCUCAAUUUUGAAAUAUAUUAGGAGAGAAAUUGAUAUUUUCUAAGUUUAUUCAAAUAAAAAAAAUAUAUAUAUUAAUUUAAUUCUGCCAGAGAUGAUUUAACAGGUGGUUGAUUUUAUUUUUGUCAUGCUUAUUUGCUUUUAUUUUAAAUUUUAUUUUUUGAAAAAAAACAACUGAAGGAGCUAGAGCUUUAUAACUUUAAUAUAAUGACGUAGUUAGCUGAAGUACAGAGUCUACCUUAUUACAGAGGAGGUUAGAGUGAGUUUCCCACUGGUCUUAUACCCGUGGAAGCACGGUGUCACCAAGACAAACAUAACAUGAGUGUUAGUGUUCCAAGGAAAAUAUUAGUCCUAAAAAUUGUUGUUCUAUAUAAAUAAAAGUCUAUCAGGUGAACUGAAGAUACUUCCCUUAUUUUGUAUAUUUAUAAUCAGUCAUUUACUAUGCUGACCAGAAUUGUGAAAGAGAUCUUCUGUUCAUGUUAUUUUUUAAGAACUUUUUUAUGUUUCCUAAAAGUAUGCGUUUCAUUAUGUUUUGUAAAAGCAACACCCUAAUUUUGUUAGCCUGAGAUUGUUUAAAAAAAGAGACUUUAAGCAGAUGAGGUGGAGAGAAAGGAAUGUUAAAAAAAUAUAUAUAUUAUUAAGAGAUACAAGUGUUUCAACUGUAACUUGUUCGAAAGCCCCCAAGGUGCAUCAAUUGACUGGUAGCCUUCUAUUCACGCAAGACUUGAAUUAGUCCCAUUUUUUUUUUUUAAGGCUAAGAACCUCGAUUCUUUGUUGUAAUGUGCAAUACUGUUUGUACUGUUUGUAAAAAAAAAAAAAAAAAAAAUAAAAAGAAAGAGGCAAAUCUUUAUUGCAGAUUUAUUUUCAUUGCAAGCAUUGUGAUUCACUAAAAUCAUUUUCUACUGUGUAUUUACCUACUCUACAUGCUAGUACCUUCCAGUAGUAAUGUAGCCUUUGUACUGAGAAAUUUUUCAUUAUUUUUAGAGAUUUUUGCUAAAAAAGAAAAUAAUUUAAACAUUUACGUAUUUUUAUUUCGUAUUUUCUUUACAGACUUAUUUCUCAACCAUUAAUAGUUAUUUCUGGGAGAGACUUUCAUAUCUGGUCAAUGUCAUUAAUAUUAUUUUAUAUUUUUACUUGGAAUAAAUUCAUUUUAUGAUGCUAAUUCUUUAAAAAAAGUUACUUUUUUCAUUUGUUCACUUUAUUUUAUUUUUGGAAGCUGAAAACCCUUUGUAAUAUUGUUACUUAAGUGUGUAGAUUUUUUAAAUGCAAAGCUUAAUGUGUUAACUCGCUGAUGUUGCUUACGUUAGUGUUGACGAUGAUUUAAGGAGGGGGUGGGGUGGGGGGAGAACUAUUACGGUUGGUAUUGUUAAGCGAUUGGCAAUGUAAAACAAAUGAACGGGCAAUAAAAUGAAAAGGCAGAAUGUGGUAUGUUGUAAUGUUGUGGAAGCUGGACAAUGCUACUUACCACUCCUACUGCUUCUGCUACUGCGGUAUAACCCCACCUUGUAUAGUCAAUAACAUUGUAUGGCCAAGAUGUCACAACACUUCCACUGAUGUGAAACAUCACAUUAAUACAUUUUUAAAACAUUAAUCAUGUUACAUGACCCUUUAGUUUCAGAUGGUGGGUAAACCCCUGUAGGAACCUGAAAAGUGGCUAUGUGCACCAGUGAGAUUGUAUUUAAGAAUGAAUGUAAAUGUUAAGAUGAACUGUAUAAUUAAGUGGAGGGUGUGACUUGUUGGAAUUUAUUCCCGAUAAUAGGAGUCAUACAUCUAAAUCGUUGACAGGUUUUCUUUCUGUCCCCAAACCACCUAGAUUUCUUUAGUCAGUUUAGUGUGUACGAACUGGCCUUAGAUUUAAAUUUGAGCCAAGAUACACUAACAUGUGGUGCCUUCUUCGGGGAUGGCAUUAACCUGAUUUUUGCCCUCAUAUCCAUAGACUAUUGGUCCAUAUGAAGUGUUGUGACAUCACCACUUCCUGUACUAUAGUAUUGUCAUCAAUAAGCGGAAAAAAACACCAAUGCAAAUGCUGGUCUGAGAAUGUUACUUCUAGCUUGCACAGGUAGUGUUCUAAUUAACUUAAUCUCGUACUCACCCAAGGGUCAGUAUUACAGUUAUACCACCAAGUAUUUGUUAUUACAUUUGAUUUAUUUGUUAAGCAAACACUAUACCCUGGCAAUAUUAAACUAUGUGCAACUGAAAGGGACAGUUUGGAUAAAAUGGAAAUCAUGUGUGGUGGAGGAAAUUUCAUAACGCUUCAUGAAUGUUCUCUCAGUAGGUCCUUCAUUUUGUGAUCUAAAAAAAAGAUUUAACUUGCUCAAUAGUUUUUUUUUCUGACAAAAUCAUCAAGUGUUCAUUAAUUUUUCAAAGUAAUACUUAUUUUGUUUGAUUACUGGUUCUAUCUUGACAAGGCUUUGAAAUUGUUGACUUGGACCUAUGCUUGUCUGAAUUUGCAGUAUAACUAAUAAAAAUAAAAAAAUGGAGCUCUAUGCUGCUAAUGCUUACUACUGCUUCAAGGUUGUAGUUCCCACCUUUUCCCUUUUUCUGUACUAAUAAGCAAGUCUUAUUAAAUAUAGUUGUAUGACGCUGUGAAAUAUUGUCGUCUUUUGCAUGACCUCCUUUUCCACCUCUUUCUCUCAUCCCUUGAUGUUCCGCCUGGAGUAAGGUGCUUGACUGGUGUGUGACUGGAAUGGAAAAAUGUGAAGUGUUCAAAUAAAUCUCAAAAGAACUUAAAUACAUUUAA